UGUGUAAAGUGGCCGAACAACAACAAAAGCACAAACAGGAGAACGAGAGAGCAAUGGGGCGAAGCUUCACACUGCUCUUUGAAAUUACCGUAACGUGGACGGAGCUUUGUGUGAAGCGCGAGGGGCGGUAGGAGUCGGUUAGCAGCUCGUUCUCUAACUGCGAAUACCAAGGGCCCAGUUAGCUCUUAGAAGAGGCGACAGCCUAAAUCUCGGCUUGGGUUUUGAUUGACCACUUCAGUUAAAUUAAGCUUCCGACUGAAUUUAAUUGGCAGCCUUGUUAAGACUCAGAUGAGAUAGCUUUUUCUAUGAGGUCUGAGAUGGUGAUAAACUGACUUUUUUGAAAAAAAAAAUUAAUUUUAUUUUUUUAUUUUUAUUAAGAUAGUGUGCCACUGCAACCCAAGGGACUGUAAGAUGUACCAUUUGAAUUAUUGGCAGACAUGCUAUGUGAAAUGUAUUUUACGUUAAUCCUUUUUUCAAAGAGUUCACCCCUUUGAACGAACAGUUGACAUUUCAACUGAUAAGGUAUUGCCGUUUUUAUAAUGAUUCACUAGCUGCAUUUUUGAUUUAACUUAUAAAGAAUACUUAAUUUAAAUAUCUAUUUUUAUACAAAUAUACACACGUCUUUGGAGGCUUUUACGCCCUUUACUCGAAAGAAACCAAAACCAGGGAAGUCAGUUUAAGCGCUAAGUUAAAGCUUAAAUUUCCUUUGAACAAAUGUUUUACUGACUUGUAUGUUAGUGCCCUAGAGCCUAUAGUGGUAUAAUUCCCCUUAUCCUGAGCAUGACAUUAGAGUUUAGAACUUUUUUUUUUUAAAAAAAAAAAGAAACGAUCUUUUCUUUUUUUGUGGUUGUGUACUCAUUAUUGCUUGUUCGUCUUUUGCAAUUUAGAUAAAUGAUAUAACAUUAAACUCAAGGUGGUUGAGUUGCAGUAGGGAGUCGGAAGCAAGCCAAGGGACCAUCUUUCUCUACAGGGGACUUGGCGAUUCCAAACCCCCCCCAAGGUUCCAAGAAGAAACUGAAGACACCUGGAAUCUAAUCCGGAUUCCAAAAUGAUGCAGAUCAACCUGACUGGGUUCUUGAAUGGGAAAAAUGCUAGAGAAUUUAUGGGAGAGCUGUGGCCCCUUCUGUUGAGUGCCCAAGAAAACAUCGCCGGGAUCCCCUCUGCUUUCUUGGAACUGAAGAAAGAGGAAAUAAAGCAAAGACAGAUUGAGCAGGAGAAAUUGGCAUCGAUGAAGAAACAAGAUGAAGACAAGGACAAGAGAGAAAAAGAAGAAAAAGAGAGCAGCAGAGAAAAGAGGGAGCGGUCGAGGAGUCCAAGAAGACGCAAAUCGAGAUCUCCUUCCCCUAGAAGACGGUCCUCCCCAGUAAGGCGAGAGAGAAAGCGCAGUCACUCUCGAUCUCCCCGUCACAGAACCAAGAGCCGGAGCGCUUCCCCCGCCCCGGAAAAGAAAGAGGCCACUCCAGAGCUCCCAGAACCCUCUCUGAAAGCCAAGGAACCGUCUAUUCAAGAGGCCACGUCCACUAGUGACAUCCUCAAAGCCCCCAAACCCGAACCCGUCCCAGAACCGAAGGAACCUUCUCCCGAGAAGAAUUCAAAGAAAGAGAAAGAAAAGGAGAAAACCCGCCCCCGGUCCCGAUCCCGAUCCAAAUCGAGGUCACGGACUCGUUCCCGGUCCCCCUCCCAUACCCGGCCCAGGCGGCGGCACCGAUCACGAUCCAGGUCCUAUUCCCCCAGAAGGCGGCCGAGUCCUAGAAGGCGGCCCUCUCCUCGAAGAAGAACCCCUCCGAGACGCCCGCCUCCCCCACCGAGGCAUAGAAGAAGCAGAUCUCCAGUGAGGCGGAGAAGGCGGUCGUCGGCCUCCCUGUCGGGGAGCAGCUCGUCGUCGUCUUCCUCCCGGUCCCGGUCCCCUCCCAAGAAGCCGCCCAAAAGGCCAUCCAGCCCCCCCCGCAAAGCUCGCCGGCUGACUCCUUCGGCGAGCCCCCCGAGGCGGAGGCGCCAGCCGUCACCCCCCGCCAGCCCGCCGCCCAAAGCCCGCCGCUCGCCGACACCCCAGCAGUCUAACCGAACGAGGAAAAGCCGGGGCUCCGCCUCUCCGGGGAGAACCUCAGGAAAAGUGACAAAGCAUAAAGUUCCUGAAAAAAGAGAGUCGCCGUCACCAGCACCAAAACCUAGGAAAGUAGAGUUGUCAGAGUCAGAAGAAGACAAAGGCAGCAAAAUGGCAGCAGCAGAUUCAGUGCAACAGAGGCGCCAGUACAGAAGGCAAAACCAGCAGUCUUCAUCGGACUCUGGCUCCUCCUCCUCCUCGGAAGAGGAGCGACCAAAGAGGUCGAAUGUGAAAAACGGCGAAGUGGGUAGGCGGCGACGACAUUCACCUUCCCGGAGCCCGUCUCCGUCGCCUCGGAAACGCCAAAAAGAUUCCUCCCCACGGAUGCAGAUGGGAAAGAGAUGGCAAUCGCCAAUGAUUAAAAGUAGUAGGCGGCGGCGAAGUCCAUCCCCACCCCAGGCCCGGAGGCGGCGCUCUCCUUCUCCCGCCCCUCCCCCUCGGCGGCGUAGGUCACCGACACCCCCUCGGCGCAGGUCUCCCUCUCCUCCCCCACGCCGGCGCUCUCCUUCUCCGAGAAGAUACUCUCCCCCGAUCCAGAGGAGAUACUCCCCCUCCCCGCCUCCGAAGAGAAGGACGGCGUCCCCCCCGCCGCCUCCCAAGCGGAGGGCGUCGCCGUCUCCGCCGCCCAAGCGGCGCGUCUCCCACUCCCCACCGAAGCAGAGAAGCCCCCCUCCCUCAAAGAGACGUUCCCCCUCGCUCUCGUCCAAGCAUAGGAAAGGCUCCCCCCCGAGCAAGUCCUCCCGGGAAGCCCGGUCCCCGCCCCCAAACAAACGGCAUUCCCCCUCGCCCCGGCCUCGGGCGGCUCACCCCUCCUCGAGCCCCCCGCCGCCGCCGCCGCCGCCUCGCAGGGGACCCUCGUCCUCGCCCCAAAGAAGGCAGUCCCCGUCUCCCAGCACCAGGCCCAUCCGCAGAGUCUCCAGGACCCCAGAACCCAAAAAGACAAAAAAGGCCGCUUCCCCGAGCCCCCAAUCCGUGAGAAGGGUGUCGUCCUCCAGGUCGGUGUCCGGAUCCCCCGAGCCAGUGGCCAAAAAGCACCAAGCACCUCCAUCUCCGACCCAGUCUCGGUCUCCGUCGACAAACUGGUCCCCGGCAGUGCCUGCAAAAAAGGCUAAAAGUCCCGUCCCGAGCCCGUCCCCAGCAAGGAAUUCCGACCAAGAAGGCGGCGGGAAGAAGAAGAAGAAGAAGAAGGACAAGAAACACAAAAAGGAUAAAAAGCACAAGAAGCACAAAAAGCAUAAGAAGGAAAAGGCCGCGGCGACGGCAACCGUAGUGGCCGCCCCUGCCGCCGCUGCCGCCGCCGCCGCCGCCGCCGUUGCUGCCGUCAGCACGUCAGUCCAGGAAGAACAGGAGGCAGAAGCAGAGCCCAAAAAGGAGACGGAAAGCGAAGCGGAGGAUAACCUCGACGACUUAGAGAAACACCUGCGGGAGAAGGCCCUCAGGUCGAUGAGGAAGGCCCAAGUGUCACCCCCGUCUUAGGCGGGCAACGUUUGUUAUAAUGUACAUUUUAUUUGGUUUGUACUCUGAAUUCAAUUUCAAAAAUCGCUAAACUGUGUUUGAGCUUUAGACUAUAACAUUUGUUGUAAUAAUUGCUAGGUUGAGGUUCACCAUGUUUAAAAAAACAAAAAGACAAAAAAAGGGCAUGGAUUUACAUUGCAAAAAGGUGUCCACAGUGUACUAGUGACAUUCUUUCAUUGACAGCCGACGUCAUUUCAUCUGGAGCGAGCCUGUUUCGGAAGGGAGAAGAAAUACACCUGGACGGUUUCAACGCGUAGCUGGCAGCUGUCGGGUUUCUUUAAAGGCACCAGACCGGAUGCAGACAUUUUGGACCUUUUAUUAGCACCUGUACUUAAGUUAUGAUUGCUUCUAACCUUUUGUGGUUUGUAAGCUUGCCCCGAAGUGAAGCCACUGUUAAUUACCAAGAAAGUAUAAAAGAAUAUUUUCAUGCCACAAUCUCUUUCCUCUUGCCUGUGUAGUUUCUGCUGAAGUGAAUCAAGAUUAGAACUCUAGGAUGCUACAUAAAUGAAAGCAUGUUUUUGUUUUUGGUUUUGUUUUUUGUUUUUUUUUCUUUGCCAGGACACUGGGGGUUUCUAUCGAUGUAACAAGUUGAUUUGGAACACUGGAAGUUUUUUUUUUUUGGUUUUUCCUCUCCUUUUUUUUUCCCAAUUGUUCUUUUCUAAGGGCAGUUCACUAGAGUCCCAGAAAGGUUCCUUCAGUUCCAUAAAAUUUUGUUUUGUGAAAUGAUGUUGCCCCAUUCAUAUUUCUUGUCUCGUCAUGGUUCUUCCAUUGGUAUAUGUAACUUUCAGAGCUCUUUUCUUUGAAAGAUGGAAGGGUCUGGAUUUUGGAUAUUGUCAUGUUUUCACUGUUUUGUUUUGGGGGUUUUUUGUUUUUGUUUUAUUUUUUUUUUAAACUAAAGCUAUAUAAAGCUUGUGGAUUAAACAGAAUAAAUUUCUAAAUUUAAAA